CCCAUCGCUCAGCCCAUCACUUGCACUUAGUUACAUCGACAAGAUUGCGUAGAGCACCGGAGUCUGAAAGUCUCAAUUCUUCUUUACAACUUACCUAGCUGCUCCUCAUCACCAUGGUAGUGCCAGUGAUCGACUUCUCCAAGCUGGACGGCGCCGAGAGGGCCGAGACCAUGGCGCAGAUCGCCGAUGGCUGCGAGAACUGGGGCUUCUUCCAGCUGGUGAACCACGGCAUCCCACUGGAGCUCCUCGAUCGCGUCAAGAAGGUGUGCUCCGAGAGCUACCGUCUCCGGGAGGCGGCGUUUCGGUCGUCGGAGCCGGUGCGGACGCUGGAGGCGCUGGUGGAGGCGGAGCGGCGCGGCGAGGCCGUGGCGCCCGUGGACGACAUGGACUGGGAGGAUAUCUUCUACCUCCACGACGACAACACGUGGCCGUCCGACCCUCCAGCCUUCAAGGAGACCAUGCGCGAGUACCGCGCCGAGCUCAAGAAGCUGGCGGAGCGGGUCAUGGAGGCCAUGGACGAGAACCUCGGCCUGGACAAGGGCCGCAUGAAGGCGGCCUUCACCUGCGACGGCAUCCACGCGCCGACCUUCGGCACCAAGGUGAGCCACUACCCGCCGUGCCCGCGCCCGGACCUCGUCACGGGCCUCCGCGCGCACACCGACGCCGGCGGCGUGAUCCUGCUGUUCCAGGACGACAAGGUCGGUGGCCUGGAGGUGCUCAAGGACGGUGAGUGGCUGGACGUGCAGCCGCUCGCCGAUGCCAUCGUGGUCAACACCGGCGACCAGGUGGAGGUGCUCAGCAACGGGCGGUACCGCAGCGCGUGGCACCGCGUCCUGCCCAUGCGCAACGGCAACCGCCGCUCCAUCGCGUCCUUCUACAACCCGGCGUUCGAGGCGGCCAUCUCGCCGGCCGUGGCCGAGGGCGCCGCCGCCGCGUCGUACCCGAAGUUUGUGUUCGGGGACUACAUGGACGUGUACAGCAAGCACAAGUUCGAGGCCAAGGAACCGAGGUUCGAGGCCGUCAAGGCUCCAAAGACACCUCAAGCUUAAAAUCACGGAGAUUGAAGAAAAAAUUAUUUAUUAUUAUUUGGAUAUUACAAUCCAUCAAGUUUAUACACAAUAUAAAUAUAUGGGCCAUAUCACGAUUGAGAAUCCAUGUUUAGUGAGAGAGAAUACAUGCACAUUUCAUUUCUUGUUUUCUUUAGCGACCGCAUGAUUUGUACUACAUACUAUGUCCGCUAAAUGCGUUAUUUUGUGCAUGAGAGGGCUUCUCUUUAUUA